ACAUGAAUUAACACGAGUGUAUGCGUACUGGAGGGAAACUAACUGUGCCUCACUGUACCAGUGAGCGUCAUUUCAACAUCACCCGUAGGGGUCUGCCACUGCAGGCGGGAUCGAAUAUCUCCAAGCCCUCUGACUGCCGGGCAACCUGGGGUUACAAAACAAGCUCUCCGGUCAGCAGUUACAGAACUUAAGAGGGUAACGCAGGAGCUACCGAGGCUAACCUGACAUGGCGACGGCAAUAUACCUGGAACAUUACCUCGACAGUGAGUACAUGGCAGAAGCAUUUGGUUUAUCUGUCACCUGUUUAAAGUUCACUCUGACAGAUUGCAGUUUGCUCUAAUGGACUUAAAUGUUCGGCGGGGACCAACAGCUUAAUACCACCUCGCUGUGAGGUGACUAGUUAGCUCACCGGCUAACUGAUUAGCAUCACGAUAAAGCCCGCAGUGCUGUAAAGUUUGGCUAACUUCUCAGAACUGUCGUUGGACCUGAAACUUUAUUUCGCACAAUUUAUUACAUUCAAUACUUUGAAAUCCCAAACUGUGGAGGUGAAUGUUUAUCCUAGUGGAUAGAAAGCAGAUACGCAUUUACAACCUGUUGGUAACCGCGUUUCCCGUCAACAGUUAAGCGCCGGGGCGGGGAAUUUAAAGUGCGUCAUAAUGUGAAAACACGACACGGUGAAAACCCUCCAACUGUGGACAAGGACCACCUCACACAUGUCAGACUUUUGACUGUUGUUAAACUAAACACAAUUUUUAAAGUAAAGUCACUCCGCUCAUAAAAAGAAUGAUUCUUAUUUGCUCAUGGUGGCACUCCUCAUGUUUUGAAGAUGGACCAGGAAUAGAAACACCUGUCAGUGAAAUCUAGAGCAACACCAUCACCGUUUAUGGCCUCUAUCAUAAAUUUAAAGCACUUUUAAUCACCCUUCUGACUACACCAACAAAAGCUGAAGACAUCUAAGCUCCCUAUCUCUAAAGUGUGUGGUGGAGCUAAUGCAUUGCUUUGCUUUAUCAGUGAAUGGCCCAGUAUGAGAUAAAAAGUUAAAAUAACUGAAUCUCCAAUUGGACGCUUAUCAAAUCAUAAACACUCACUGGCACAUAAUUUAGUUUAAAUUCUUUUAUGUAGUUUAUUAAUGACAGCUAUUCAGCUAGUUUCUGAAAUCUCUAGCAUAACCCCAAAUCAUUUUCUUCCCAUUUAUAUUUAAAAAAAAAAAAAAACAACUAUAAUGUGCCACUGGCUUAGAUGUAUACCAUGAAUAUUAGACAUAGUGAACUUGUAUAUGACUUUCUUUUUUUUUUAUCAUAAUCUCAGUGUUUACCUCCAUAAAAUACUGUGGUUUUAGACGGCUUUGUCCACAAGAGUGCACCAAAAAUUAAAACAAGCCAAAAGUUAUUCACUGGAGCUUUAAAUAACAGAAUAUGAAAUAAAAGGUUGAUUAAAGGUUUUUUGUGCCAUACCAAGUUUCACUGGUUGGUCAUAAAUGUGAGAUAAAUUCAUAAUAACAAUAUUCAAGUUAAAUGAGAAAAACAUCCUGCUGACUUUCAAAAAUAUUGUUCAUGGACCUAUAAUUAAGAGAUAAGAAAUCAGGAACAAGACCUUUCCCCCUUGCACUGAUUUCAGGCAUUAAAAAACAGUCUUGUUGCGAUGGUUUGUUUUUGGAUUUCAUGAAAAGGCAUCAGUAUGAGCUUUUUGCAGGUUUAACCCUAACCUCACCAAAAAGUCAGUACAGCAUGAAAUUUAGUCUGAAAUCACAUAUAUAUUUAGCAGAUAAAUAAUUGAGGUGUGAAAGGAUAAAUAUCUUAGUCCUCUUUUUGUUAUUCUCCUCUCCAGGUAUUGAAAACCUCCCAUGUGAGCUACAGAGGAACUUCACUUUGAUGAGGGACCUGGACAACAGGACUGAAGGUGAUCAUUAUACUCAUAACUUUAUUUUAAAUCUAAAUGUGAUUUUGAUUUGAAGUCCCACACAUGCAUGCACUGUGAUUCAUCACUGUAGAGGAGUUAUAGCUUUAACUGUUCACAUAAAAUGUCCACAUGAAUGAGCAUGUACGAUACCAGGACCACUAAGAGGCUCACCUAACUUGUUAUUAAUGACACCUGUGUAAUUCCUGCUUCGACUUGUCAAAAUAUUGACUGAAAACCUGCAGGCUCGCUUGCCUAUUUUCCAACUCUAAUACUCACGUUCUUGUGCAGAAAAGAAAAUAGAGAUUGACAAACUGGCUGAAGAAUACGUCGCAAAAGUGAAAAACCUGGCCUCGACUCAGAGAGUGGAACACCUGCAGAAGAUCCAGAAUGCCUACAGCAAGUGCAAAGAAUUCAGCGACGACAAAGUCCAGCUUGCAAUGCAGACGUACGAAAUGGUCAGUCAAUGAUCAAGUCUUUACCAUCUGGUCUUUGUUUCUAUGACAGUUUUACACCAUCAAAAUGUAAAAAAAGAGCGUUUUUAGUCACGCAUGCUCAGGUUAAUGAGCUUCUGCCCUGCAGGUGGACAAACACAUCCGCAGGCUGGAUGCAGAUCUGGCCCGAUUUGAGAACGAGCUGAAGGAGAAGCUGGAGCUGAGCGGCCAUGAGAGUGCAGAUGGACGAGGAAUAAAAAGUAAGUUCAGCCAUAUCGCUUCAUGCAGGGAGUCUCUGCAACAGCACUCGUACAAUAUUUCUCCUAUUGCUCACACAGUUCUGCUACAGUAAUACCUCAAGUCAAAGCUACUCUCCUCUCACAUAGAAGCUUCAUCACAUUUCAGAUACACCGCUGAUCCUAGUUCAGUUUAAGAGAGCCAGGAGUAUGUGAAUGGAAACAAUGUUGCUGACACUCACAUUGGCGUCUUUGUUCGUCUUAUCUCAAACCAGACACAUUUCCACCGAAUCCCUCACUCCUCCAUCACAUGACCUUUUUCUUGGAAGAGAAACAUUCAGCUGCAGCAAAUAGUUCAACACAAUUAACUAAUCACAGAAGCAGCUGAUUGUGUUGUCUGUGCAAGCUGCUGCAGAGAGAAUACAUUCUGCAUAUUUUACCAUCACAUUGUUACAUGCAGUGCCUUGUGAAUGGUUUGUCUCACGGUGAGGGUAGGUAUCAGGACUUUAACCGUUUGAUUGUUUUUUUGUUUUGUUUUUUUUCCUGGCGUUUGAACAAGCCUUUUUGAGGUGCUUCCAUCAAACACAGAUUUCCUCUGAGAUUGUUCUGAAUCCAGCCUGAAGUUGCUCCUCCACCUCCUUAAAAAGCUUGCCAUUCCGUGUCAUCCAUGUACUUUUAAAAUUUAAGGCCUAUUAGCCGAUUCAACAUGAACUACGUCAUGUUGUUGGUCCAAAAGUGUGUUUUGCUCUUGCAUUCACCAUGUUGACAGUGUCUUGGUUUCUACUACACAUCUUCUGUUGAACAAUAAGCUGACUUCACUGUUAUACAUCUAGGUCAAAGCCCGGCAUCCAAACACUGGAGCAUGUGCAAAAUGGGGGUCACUUCAAAGGGGUUGUAUGUUUUGUGUGUGUGUGUGUGUGUGACUUAUAAUCAUUUAUUAUUCAUGGGAAACAAACUCUGGGGAUUGUCCUAUAAAAAAAAUACUGAAACUCCAAUUUUAAGGGAAAUAUUUUUUCAAAUAAAAACACAGAUUGUGUGGAUGUAGCCCUAAAAGCUUUCAGCAUAAAAAAAUUCCUUAUCAAAUGAGAGAAAUACGCCAUUGCACAUCUAUGAACAUCUUUAAUUAUUUAUUUUUUUACACAGAGGCCGAAACUCGAGGGUUGAGAGAGAAACGUGGAUCCAGGGGACGAGUGAGGAAAAGUUCAGAUGAAGAUUCACCGCGUAAAAAAAAGAUAAAAAACAGGUACCUCUGCUCAGUCGGGGGCUCUAUGAGCCUGUCAGAUUUGAGUUGAACUGUUUAUUUACUGUGACUCAUCAAUCCACCCCUCAUCAGAUCAUAACCAGUCUUAAUCAUCCUGUUUGUUCUGUCAUCCUUUCAGCCCAGACCUGAGCGAUGCGCUGCUCCCGAUGCAGCCGUCAGAUGUUCUUGACAUGCCGGUGGAUCCCAAUGAGCCCACCUACUGUCUGUGUCAUCAGGUGUCGUAUGGAGAGAUGAUCGGAUGUGAUAACCCUGAUGUAAGUUUUCAUUUAUUGCAUUUCUCUUCUAUCAGAAUUGCUUGAACCUCUUGUUUUAAAUACCAACGUUUUCUUUCUGUCUUCAGUGUCCGAUUGAGUGGUUUCACUUUGCAUGUGUUGAUCUCGCCACCAAACCCAAAGGAAAAUGGUAAGAGCUUUGAAUUAAUCCGUGGGUUGUUAACUUAGAGUUGUUCUUAAUUAUUUAUCAGAGUUUGACUUCAACAUCCUUUCUCUCUUGUCUUUGGAAUCUCUCAGGUUUUGUCCAAGAUGCACCCAAGACAGGAAGAAGAAAUGAUUGUUUUCAUGUCAGCUGUACUCACCUAAUAAUGUAUGUAUGUUUGGUGUAGUCUAAUAGUGUUAUAUAUAAAUACAUAUAUCUAUAUAUAUGUCCUUGGUCCUAUAACUCUCCAUAGAAGUGGUAGGUCAAACAUGUAUUUCAAAGGUCUGAUGUGGAUUAGGAGUGUAGCUGCACCUGUGCACCAACAGACUCUCUCAUGAUAUGUUAGUUUCUGUGUCAUCUGAUUUCAGCCUGCUGUUUUUGUCCUAAAGCACUCUGGGUAAAUUAGUCUAAAAGUUGCACAAAUGGUCACCAAUCAGAGCGUCUCCUUUCACUUCAGUCUCUUAGUGUAAAUACUGUUCUCAUCAAUAUCCUCAGAAAUCCUGGAUUGUGGCUUUAGCAUACUUGAAAUGUCAAUUUUAUAAAGAUGUAUUUUUUAAACAAAUUAAAAUCCUGCUGAAAUUUUAGAGUUUAAUUUAAACACCUAAAUCCUUACUGAACUUUGUGGUAAGAGGAACUAUGUGUCAGAUUUUCAGUUACCUACCUCCUUGGGGAAAAUAUCGACACUGCACAAACGACUGCAAAUGAUACCGCUGUAAAAAUGUUUUGAGUUAUCUUAAACCAAACCGUGUAAAUUCAUUUAAUUUUGAGAAAACCUGUGACACCUUUGAAUGUAUUGUGGUACUUUUGGUCGGUGGGUCAGUGUCUCCUCUCAGCUGAACGAGGUCUUUACGCACUUUGAAUGAAAAUUUCCCUGAAGAGGUUUGAAACAUGCAGGCUUGGUUUUAUGAAAGUUUAUCUCCUUUCGAACUUUGCCAUCACUUCAAACCACAUUGAAAUAGAAAAGUUUAUAUAUGUUUUGUAUAAAUGAAACAAUAUUUUGUGGACACAGUUUUUUCCAAAGAUAUAUUUGUUGUAUUGAUUACUUACCAGUGUACACUUAAAAUUUUAUUUAAUGGGAUUUUAGCAUCUUCUUUCAUUCUGGACUGUGAAUAUCACUCAUUUAGGUGUAAGCCACAAAUUAAGAGAGCCAAAGUCUUUGUAUUUUGUAAAAUGCAGUAUUUUAUAACAAAUAAAUAUUCACUAUAA